CGGUCCGGGCAGGAACGCCACAGUGACCUUCCCGACGCUUUUCCCCGUGAUAAGAACAGGAGGAAAAAGUUCUCUCCUCUGGGAGGAGGAUUGGACAGCAGCAAGAAGAGCUUUUGGAAUUGUGGUGGGCAACUACUUUUCUGCCUGGUGAAUUAGUGUGUGGGAUAUUGCAAAUUUUCCCAGGUGGGUGUUGCGGGAAGAAUUUUCCACUGGUAGUUUGGACUGAAUUGAAUUGUGAAUAGUGUCAUGAAGCAGUAAACAAGAGCUGAGUCGAACCUAAGAAGUGGAAGAGGACUUUUCGUCCUUCGUGGCGACACCAAGGACUACAUCCAAUAGUUGGAGAUUUUCGCUGUUGGACAAUUGAAACAACUUUAAGGCGGUACCGGAGCUCCUUUCCAACGGAGAAAUGGCCCUAUUGAUCUACGGCUCAUUGGCGUUAUGCGUAGGUGCGGUUUUGGCCUCGCAACACUCCCCCUACUCCCUGCAGUCCGCCGUGGAUGCCCUCCAUAGGCGCGAGGCUCAGCUGGCAUUGCGUGACGAGGUCACCGGAGAACCUCUCGAUGAGGAAGGUUACUGGAUGGAGCCAUCGGACGAUCCGCAGCUGCCCUCGUUCCGACCGAACCGACAGCGACUAAACAAGCUUCUGGCCAACUAUCUGCGCCGGGACGAGGACCCCGACGAGGGACCGUACGAUCCGUACGAGUUGGAAGCUCGCAAGCGGUCCAUGUUCCGCGAGCGGGAUGCCCUUGCCGAUCUGCCCUCCUACCCGUCGACCGUGUUCAGAGAGCGUGAAAUGGAGAAGCCAUACCGUCCGGACCUGUCCGCGGACUUCUUGAAGGAAAUCGACCGCCAGGCGAAUCUCGAGCGCGAGGAGAAGUACUUGGACCAGCUGCGUGACCUCUGGGACAAGUACCAGCAGCAGGAAAACGAAAUCGAACAGGAGCUGUUCGACGAAGAACGUGCCGCAGCCGCUGUCGGAGAGGAACCGAACCCGUUCUACGAGAAACGCCAGGGCUAUCCAACGGUGUCGCAGUCCGAAGCGGCCGCCAUGUACUACGGACCUCCGAUGGAGGAACGGAAGCGCCAGAUGCCGAUGCUUCCGUGGCUUCCGGCAUCCCGGAAGAAGCGCUUCCCGGUAGCCAAGCGAUCCCCAAAGCCGGAAUCAACCGCUUCCGGAACGGACGAAAAGGUAGCGAAGGAUCUGCAGGCACUGUUCGGUGCACCCGAGGAGAAGAAGAAGCGAUCGAGCGAUCAACCUGAAGUUGAAAAGCAACAGGAGAAGCAGAACGAUACAAAGACACACGAGAAGCGCGAUGCUAGUGGAGAGGAACACGAGGAGCACAGCUCGGAAGAACACGAGGACGAGGAGCAUGAUCACGAACAUGAUCACGAACACGAUCACGAUCAUGACCACGAGCACGAUGAAUCCAGCGAGGAGCACGAAGGAGAAGACGACGACAAAAAGAAGCGAUCGGUGAAGAAGCGCUCGAACCUGGAGGUAGUGAAGGAAGAUCAGAUCCUACCCGGUGACAUCGGCGAGUUCAAGGCGAAGAAGUCGAUCCAGUGGAACAAGUACUUCGGAAUGGAUCGCAGGAAGAAGAGCGGUCGCGAUAGCGGAGUGUACCCGCUGAGCUUCUACAAGAACUACGACGAGGAUCGCAAGAAGAAGAACAGCCUGAACCGUGACAAGCUGGACAACAUGGACCGCAAGCUGAAGACGAUCGAAGAUCUGAUCCUGGACCAGACCGUCAAGUACACCGGCGAUCACGAGGGCGGACUCAUCGAGCCGGUCGAGCUGCAGAAGCUAAAGGACAAGGUCGUAUCACGACUGGCUACGGCGUACAGCAUCGAAAAGAUGCGUCGCACGCUGGACAAGUUGAAGGACUCCGUAGGAGACGAGCUGGACCCUCGGAACAACGAAAUCGACACCGAGAAGCGCGACGACAAGAAGGAAAAGGCGAAGCGGGUGGCGAUCAAGAAGGAAAAGGCCGAGUUCGAUCACAGCCAACACUCACUGGAACCGAGCGCCAAAACAGCGCAGGAAGAGGUGGAGAACGACCUGGAGGAGCUGGACGAGGACAAGAAGAAAAAGAAGAAGAAGCGGGUGACCAAGCGCUUCCAGGACAUGUACCCGAAGGGACUGCCGGACUUUGAGGACGAGCUGGGCGCGGGUCAUUACGCACCUAUCGGUGAGGGCUACGGACAAAGCUUGGCUGUCGAAACUAACGAAUGCCCCCUACUGGACGCUUUGGAGCGUAGAUGUCGUGGAGUCGAUGUCCUGUCCGGUGACAUCUACCAGGAUCUGCUUCCAGCCUGCGGCGCUCACCAGCUGUGUUACCUUUGCGGCACUUCCCAGACGGACUGUGACUUCCAGUACCUGCUGGAGGCGGACACUCUGUGCGAGAAGCAGGCCAGCUGCCAGACGGCGGCCCGUUCGGCGCUGACGAUCCUCCGCGGGUUUCCGGGACCGCAGCUGGGACCGCGCGAGUGCGCCAAGAAUCCGUGCCUGUACCGGGCGAUGGUCGAAGUAGGCGUUAGCGGAUUGUAAACAGUUUUCGCGUGCGAGCGUUAGCGUUAGCCAAGAGACACAAACCAACACAAACAGCCACAAACGCAAACACACACAGACACACUCACGCUAAGAAGUGCAAUGUUCAAACACACAAAUUGCAUGCGAGUUUUGUUAUGGAAAUUUUUGUGAUUUCUCUUCAGCAUUCGUCACCGUCUAUGUUAAAUAUAUGACUAAUACAUGAGAAAAAAGGGUUAAUCCACGUUUUUUGGUCGAAGGUGUCAUUUUUAAAUUGCAUAUCGAGCAAACUCUAACCCCACAACUCUCUAGUAAGUAUAUUUGUGAGAUACUAGAUAAUCCUGCUAACAAACAAAGUAAAUAAGCGAUCUAUUGGGAAUGGAAUUUAUACGUCUAUGUAGCACAUCUAUUGAUUCCAGUAUUGUGAGGCUUUUCGAAAAGCGCGAAUUUUGCUUGGUUCAAGUCGUGUUUUGAGAAUAACUUCACCCACUUACAAACAAAUGGCCACUGUUAACGAUGAGAUUGUUUUAACCCUAAGUACUGAAACUUACGUUAGUGUCAACCAUUGACUUUAAGUUUUUAAAUAUACACUCAUUUUAUAUUGAAAUGUUAUUUACAUCUUAGAUACUAGAGUAUAGACAGCAAAUGGAAAACUAUUUCAUCUAUUGUAAAACACUUCAACAACGUUUUUAAAACCAAAGAAAAAAUCAUAAGUGUGGUUUAUAACUGUACUAUAAAAUUAAACAAUUGGGUGCAACAGUAAUCAGACGUCGGUGUAUGUGUAAAAACCUCAAAAAAUUAUUUACCAGUUCCAGAUAGAUUCAACCUACAACCAACCCCAAACAGACUCACGAAACUUUACCCUAUCAACACUGAAAAAAAAAACACACACACACACAAA